ACCAGUUCCACAUGAACUAUCAGCCAACCACCAACAGUGAGAAUACCGCGCUCAUAUUGUCGUAGCUCAAGCACGUCAAAAAUCGACCAAGAUCUUUAUUUUUCUAUUUUCUCCUCUCCAUUUAGUGUGGCCUCUUAUUUCUACAUUUUUGACCUCUUAUCAGUGGAACAGAAAAAAGAUAAGGUUGGCGAUAUUAUGAGGCUGCGAGGCUACACUUAUCCGAGUGUGGCCAUUUUCUUUUUGCUUUUGAUUGUGCCCUUAUAUGGAAGAAGGAUUCACCAUAACAAAUCCGCCAAAAACGAGUUAGCCAAGUCAGAAGAUUUUGGUGAUUUUUAUAAAUAUUUUAAAUUAAAAGACAUACACAAUCUUCUAACAGAUGAAGAGAAUGAUGAAGGUGAAGAGUGCCAAAUAGCUGCCUUACAUAAAUGUGGCCAAACAUUCCUGAGAGCGCAUAAGAUUCUUUCAUACAUAAAUGAUGACGUUGUUGCAUACAGGACAAUUUGUGGUGUCAGAACUGCAUUUUUUGACUGCUUGAAGACGACAAAAGAGAGAAUUUGCAGCAAGGGCUACAAACAUUCCUACAACACAGAUCCAGACUUUCGUAAAAAACUUGCUGAUGCCCUAUGGUCAGCAAGGGUGUGCGUUGUCGGAGUUCCUAACAAACGACUUCACUGAGAGAAUAAAUAUUUGUUCGUUUUAAAUGUAUAAUUUGAAUGCCAAACUGUCAUGUAUGUUGUCCUGUCCGUAAAGUUCUUUUUGCAAUAAAAUUUAUAAAAAUAACAUAA